AUGGGCUCGAGCAGAAGAUCCGGCGGCUCUGGCGGGAGUCGAGCGAACGCUGGCGUUCUGAAAGAACGUGCUAACAUGUCGUUCAUGCUGGUCGUCAUGUUCUUCGCCGUAUUCGGUCUGAUCGUCCUUACGGAAAUAUUCCUGAUCGACGAGAGGCGCGGCGUAAGCAUCGGCGGUACCGGCGUACUUGGGGGUCACAGAAGCGGUCAUCGAUUACCAGCUGCACCUGAUCGUCCAGAUUAUGGGGAAAUAGGAGCCGAAGAUUAUAUCGGUUUGAAGGGUAGCUUUGACGAGCAUGUCGGAUUACUGGUACGCGGGGAGAACGGGGGACAGAAGACAGUAAUACACCCGGAUCCGCGUGGCUUACCGAGCUUACCGCCCAACUUGGAAGCUCGUUUACCACAGCUCAAUCAGAAUCUAAAGGUCACGCAUGCUGAAUGGUUGCCAGUCACUAAUACGAGGUUCAAAUUUUUCGUUUAUUCAGCAUAUUUCGACAACAGAGUUAGCGGCGCUGGUACGCCGGCUGGCAAGAGUCAGGGUGUAGUACGUGUAAUUAGCGCUACUAAGACCAGAGGACCGGAGCGUGUUUGGUGUAGGCUUUGGUAUCGACAGCAAAACGGCGCAAACGUCACUAUCUCUGUAACGGUAGCUGCCAAAAUUAAGGUAAUUCGGGAGAAUUGGAAUCUCAAGUACAGUGCCUGCUUCGUGAUAUGUCCAUUACCUAAAGAAUCCCUGACAACGGAUAAAGUGCCGGAAGCGGUCAGUGUUGUAGCAAAACUGCGAGCAGUCCCGACGAAUCGCAUCCUUGUACAGAAUCGUUUCGAGAGCAGAACGAACGACAAGAAGGCUUUAGCUGUUUGCGUCAAACCUUUGCAUUAUUAUUACAAUACGGUUUUGCAAUUGGUGGAAUUUAUCGAGUUGCACAGACUUCUGGGCGCUACCCAUGUUACUUUGUAUAACGAUACUGUAGGCGCAGCGGCCGGUUGUGCGUUAAAAUAUUAUGAGAACAAGGAUCUAGUUACAGUGUUACCAUGGCAUCAUCUUGACAUGAUUUCCCAGCGGGAAAUUCGAACGGAAGGUCUUUUCGCAGCGCUUAACGAUUGCCUCUACCGAUCUAUGUACAAAUACGAGUAUGUGGCGCUCGUAGAUCUCGACGAGUAUAUUAUACCAAGGCAUAAUGACACUAUAAUCGAUUUAUUACGAUGGAUGGGAAAUCGAAUCAACAUCAAAUCUACUGGUGCGUUUUCCUUUCAAAACGCCUUUUUCUAUUUACAAUGGGCUGAUGAUCCUUUCGUGGUAACUAGUCGUACUCCUACCGAAGCUGGUUUGAUUACUUUGAAAAAAACACGUCGCAGAACUAAGUUGCAUCCGCAUAAACAACGCUCCAAAUACAUCUGUAAACCACAAGAUGUGGUGGAAGCGGGUAAUCACUUCGUCUGGGAAUUUAUUCCCGGUCAUGGAACCUUGAACGUGCCCUCUGAUGCUGCCAUCUUGCACCAUUACCGUGUCUGCGAGUUUGGUGGCGAUGACUGUAUCAAAACACAAUCGACGAUCGAUAGAACGGCCUAUAAAUACAGAGAUCGACUUGCGACGAAUGUCGACAAGACGUGGAUAGAAUUGCGCGCCGAGUGCUCGCUUCCGGAACUUGAUCCGGUCCCAGCGUUAACACCUCGAAUCAAAGCCAACCCACUCGGCAAAUCGAUCAGAUAG